AUGUCUUCAAUCGCGAAAAAUGGGGAGUCGAUCGAUAUGCCACAUGGCAGAAUUAUUGAAAACAAGUACCUACUCGGUGACAAAAUAAACACUGGAAGCUUCGCGACCGUGUUUCAGAUCAAGACGAUCGGUGAGAAAGAGUUCACGAAGGUCGUGAAGAUUGCAAGAUCAACUGAAACCAAUGAAAAGUAUAAUAAUGAAGUCCUCAUUCUGAAAUGUUGUCUCGGUGAAAACUGCUUCCCACAAAUCUUUGAUCAUUAUUCGAUAAAAAAAUUUAAGUAUAUCGUCAUGAGUGACUCAGGAGAAGCUGUUGCUGAUAUCUUGAGUAGAAACCCGAGAAAGAUGUUCAGAAACUCAAAUGUUCUUCGCCUGACUUCUUCUAUUUUCCGAGCUCUCGAUAUUCUUCACCGACUUGGUUUCUAUCAUCGUGACAUUCAGGGAUAUAAUUUGAUGAUGAAAUUGACGAAUGGACAUCUCGUCUUUAAUUUGAUUGAUUUCGGAAAUAGUGCAACUGAAAAGUCUUGCCUAAAAUGUCACUAUAACUCAACGAACACUUCUCUGAAUGUCAUGAAAACUAAGGUUUAUGGACCAAUUGAUGAUUACAUUAGCACAGUCUAUUACAUGAAUGUAGUUGCCGGAUUUCAGCCAUUCGAUACAAGACACCAGACGAUGAUUGAGGCGAAAGAGAAAUACCAUCUCGACCCAUGUUCCCUAUAUGAUCCAAAACAACAAUGGAUGGGACAUGUGUUGUCGCGGCUUGUCAAGAUUCAGAAGGAUCAAUCCAAGGACCACAAAUCAGUUCGGAUGAUUCUGGAUUCCGCCAUUCCUAAUUGUCAUCCAACUUCACCAAUCGUGUUCAAGAUCAUCGAGAAGAAAGUAGUUAUUGAGUAA